AUGCAUUGUAAUGGAGAACUUUCUGAGGAAUGGGCAUUGGCGGAGUGCGAGGGUGAAGGUUGGUGGAAGGAAGCCCCGGAUGCAAGCCGUGACAAUAUUGACGUGCGGUACGCGGGCGUCGCCCCAGUGGAACGUGCAUCCUCCGCGCCCGCUACCGCUCUUGCUGUGCGCACUGCCUUACAGUCUGCUAAAUCGUUUAACAAGAAGAUGCAGAGGGUCAGCUUGGAUAUCAGCUCCAAAGGAAUUGUGGUGAACGACCUCAUCGCGCAAGAACAAAUACUGAGCAUUUCUAUCUACAGCAUUUCUUACUGUUCAGCGGACGCUGCAAACGCCCGCGUGUUUGCUGUGGUGGAGGGCAAGUUUAGUGCUGGCUCGGGGGAGUCCCACGUUGUGCACGUGUUCGUGUGCGCUCGGAGAAAGCAAGCCAGAGCACUAGCGCUCUCUCUCGCGCAUGCCUUUAAUGACGCAUACCAGGCCUGGCAAGCAACGCAACAAAGCUCCAUGCAGGGCGGCAAUGGAAAACGACUCGACCCAUGGGUACGGUUCGCUGAGGAGUCUGAUGAUGAAGUGGACAAUGAUCAAUGGGAAUCUCCUGCGCCGCUCGUCACCUUCGCCUGA